UAGACCUGGUCAUUCAGGGACUGCUGAGAGUAGGGGCGCGAAAUGAUGUGUCUCCAUUCUCCAAGAGGUCUGUGGUAAGUGCUAGAUAUUCUAAUAAUUGCCAUCACGUUAUAACGUUCAGUGUAGGCAUAAUAUAUAGUUAUACCUGCCUAAUAGUGAAUCACACGAAGAGAUUAAGCGAACGGUGGUAGGUUGAUGGAAUAACUGCGCAGCGGCCCGUAAACAUCAAUCAUAAUUUCCAUUGUACCGUUGACUCAAAAUGGUUGAUAAUUUCUAAAGUUACCCGUAACUUAUACUUCCUAAUUUAACAGUGUCAAAAGUGUGACGUAUUGUCAACUGUCAGUGUCAAAUAGCCACAGGAUAGGUUGUUUUUAUUAGUACAAUAUUAUUUAUUAUAUUAUUAUGGUUUUUUUUUAUAUUAAUUAAGUUUUAUGUAUUAAAAUAAAUAAAAAUGGUAUCUUAUCCGCAAAAGUAUUUAACAAAAGAUAUUAUAGAUAAGCCGACACCUUUAGAUGUGUGGAUACAAGGCACAAUCGAACAGACUGUCGGCACGGAUAUUCUAAUAGUUUCAGACAAUUUUGGAAGAGUAAAAGUGGUGAAAUGUGAAUCAGCGGGUGGUUUAGUAGAUAAAAAUUCUAUACGCAAAGGUACAUACUGCUGUAUAAUAGGAAAGGCAGUAAAAACUAGAGGUUUGCCAGAGGUCCAAGCGACUAAAAUAAUAGAUUUAAGUUCACAGCCUCAAAUGAAAAGUGCAUGGGAAAGUGAAGUUAAAGAAGCUGAACUAGUGUUACAAGGAAAGAUAGUACCACAAAUUAAUUAGUUUUCAAUACAUAUUGGAGUCACAUUUUCACUACAUGGAGCAGUGAUAGCCUAGCUUUAAAAGUGAGAGAAAACAUGAGGAAACCUUCGUGCCCAACUUCUCCAUAAUAGUCUCAAAGAUGUGUGAAGUGUGCCAAUCUUCACUUGACCAGGGUGGUGGACUUUUUUUUUUUUUUUAAUUGAACUUUGAACAAACCUUUCUCAUUCUGAGGAGACCCCCUCUCAGUAGUGAACCGGCGAUUGGUUGAUGAUGUGUGAUUGAUCACAAUCAAUACAAUAUUUAUAUAAUUUUGUCUGUACUUUUAACUAAGUUACUAGGUAUAAUAAAAUAAAUAAAAGCAUUUAUUUUAUAAAAUGUGAUUUAUUUCUCCAUCACCUGUACACAAUCCAUUGGAAUGAAUAACAAUAAUAUAUAAAAAUAUAAUUAUUAUUAUCAACAUAAUGUCUUAAAAAUAAAUAAUAAUGCAAGUCUCCUUUUCACUUUUCAGUCAUUUGUGACAUUUGUUGUGUAGAAUAUCAUUUAACAUUUUCCCCUUAUCAUAUUAACCAAGUUUAUAACAACAAUAAAUAUAUUAUGACUGUUAAUUGGAUUGAAUGG